AGCAGAGGCUCAGAGUGGGUUUAAAAGGAUCUGCAGUGCAGUUGAACUGACACUGAGGCUCAGACAGGACUCACCAUGAAGGCUUUCAUUCUUCUGGCUCUGUUCACAGUGGCAUUCGCUGCACCCAUUGAGGAUGAGGAUGACAAGAUUGUUGGAGGCUACGAGUGCAGAAAGAACUCUGUGGCCUACCAGGUCUCUCUGAACUCUGGCUACCACUUCUGUGGAGGCUCCCUGAUCUCCAGCACCUGGGUGGUGUCUGCUGCUCACUGCUACAAGUCCCGCGUCCAGUUGCGUCUGGGUGAGCACAACAUUGCUGUCAAUGAGGGCACAGAGCAGUUCAUCAACUCUGCUAAGGUCAUCCGUCACCCCAACUACAACAGCCGCAACCUGGACAAUGACAUCAUGCUGAUCAAGCUGAGCAAGCCCGCCUCCCUGAACAGCUACGUCCGCACCGUGUCCCUGCCUUCCAGCUGUGCCGGCUCUGGCACCCGCUGUCUGAUCUCUGGAUGGGGAAACACCAGCGGCUCUGGAAGCUACUACCCUGAUCGUCUGAGGUGCCUGGAUGCCCCCAUCCUGAGCGACAGCAGCUGCAGGAGCGCCUACCCUGGUCAGAUCACCUCCAACAUGUUCUGUGCUGGAUUCCUCGAGGGAGGCAAGGACUCCUGCCAGGGAGAUUCCGGUGGCCCCGUGGUGUGCAACGGUCAGCUGCAGGGUGUGGUGUCCUGGGGUUAUGGCUGCGCCCAGAGGAACAAGCCUGGAGUGUACGCCAAGGUCUGCAACUACAACUCCUGGAUUCGCAACACCAUGUCCUCCAACUAAAUGGACAAUCCUCCAAAUAAGCAGCAUGUUCUCUGUGUCAAAAUGAUGAAAAAUUAAUUUUAAAGUUCCAACAAUAGUGCCAAAAGUCACUGUGUACACAUUGUGGAGUUGAGUUGUGUGCAAUAAAACAUAUUUUCCAUAACAUCUGA